CCAUGGAGAAUGCUUCCGGCUUCAACCACAACAACCGCUAGCUGAAGCUGCUCUGAAGACGACCAGGACAACGGGCUUUUAUGAAGCAAUAGUUACUUAUUGUCAAGUUUACUUGGUGCAUAUCAUCCAACUAUGCUGUCCGUGUGUGUGGAGGUGAUGCUGUAACAGACCCCAUAUCCAGCUGCUGCAGAACCCCAUCACUGAACAUGGACUCUGAUGCUGAGGUUAUCCCUAUCUGGCAGAACAAGCCUCAUGGGUCCACUCGGAGCGUCGUGAGGAUGAUCGGUUCUACUCUGGCUCUCAAGCCUCCUCAAAGGGCCUGCUUCCAGGAACUCCCCGGCCUCCCGUCCCUGAAGCCCCUUGGCCCAUCGGUUCCUACCCUGGCCGACAUCGCCUGGAUCGCUGCAGACGAGGAGGAGACUUAUGCCAGAGUGAGGAGUGACUCCCGCCCCCUAAGACACGAGUGGCGGCCCACCCCCCUGCUGGUGCUGCACAGGAACUCCUCGGUGCCCAACUUCCGGCGAGAGGGCAAGAAGGUGGAGGGUCUGAGGAAGCCAGGCGUCACGGCCAUGAACCGGACCACGGCGCUCCAGGACGAGCUCAGCCGGCUGCGCCAGCAGAUCGCCAAAAUCGUCUCCACCGACGGGGGCUCCAACCCGCUGACCCCUGACCUGCUGUCCCCUGAUGACACCAGCAUGAGCUUCUCGAUGGCGCCCUUCGAGGCAUCCUACCCGCCGCCGGCCGCCACGGCCGCCGCCUCCUUCGUCAUCAGCGACGUCACUGAGGAGGAGGAAGAGGAGGACGAGGACGACGAAGACGCGGUCUCCGUGGUGUCGGAGCUGGUCCCUGACCCCCGGCUGCCCGCCUCCAUGACGUGCUCGGCGACCUUUGACCUGGACCGACCCAGCAUGGAGUUCCGGGAAGCGGAGGAGGACACGGUGUCGCUGUCCAAGUCCACCAGCUUCGCAGACGUCAUGGACAUUCUGAAGGACAUGAACCGCAUGAAGAUGAGCAAGGACCGGUUCAACAGAGGCUGCUCCUCUCUGAGGGAGGAGGACUCAGCCACCCGGAUCUCUGAGGCCCUUCGGAAAAAGUUUACAUUGAAGGACGAGGACAUCGCCGGCGCGCCGCGGAAGUAGCAGCCCCCCCAGUGCCCUGUCCCCCCGUCCGCCUCCUGCUGCCUUUGCCUAUGGACUUUUAAGCCUUUGGAUUUCAGCCUAAAGCUCUUUUGAGCCAAGAAGCCUGCAUCCAUUUCAUAUGAAAACCUACCGGACCCUCACCAAACCAAACCUUUAGGAGAACUUUGGCCUCAGCUUUCCUUCAGUCCUCCGUGCAGUUGUGUGUUCGUACCUUCAGUCCUCCCUGCAGCGGGCCCGCGGACCCGUUGUAUCUUCAUCCCUUCAGUCCUCCCCCGCAGUUCAUGUUUCAGGAGGGGAGGCUGGAGUACAUUUCGAGAGACUCUUGUUAACGUAGGAAGUCUUGUAACUGACCUGGAAAAUGUUUGAUGCAAAACUGGGAGAUAUAGUUGCUGUACUUCUCAAUUACGACCAUGUGUAUGUGUGUGGAAAGACAGUUUGGUCGUGAAUUCAUUCCCCGUUGCUCAUCUUCACUCCAGAACGCGUGUUAAAUUGCCUUCUCUUGGAUUGGGAUAUUUCUCUCUUGCAUCCAUUUGCAGAAAGAUUCAGUGACUUACAGCUAUAAUCGACAUAGAACAAAUGUGAAUCAUAGUUUGGAGAAUAUUGUACUUCUUUUUUUGGGGGAUGGGUAGAAUUCAUUUAUAUUAUCAUGCUAUUGUUCUAGGACCGUACCAGUUACACUCAAAUAGGCUUUUUGAAUUUGAAUGGAACUACUAGUAUAUGCAGAGUUUCUUAUUGUUGUCUCGACCCACCGUUGCAAUGCGACGGCAUGGAGGCUUGAGGCUCGAUACGAUGGCCUUGGUGGAGGACAAACGCCGCCCCUGCAUGCUGUGACCUGUGUGUGAUGUGUUGAUGCAGACCUAUGCUUUGUGUUGGGCGCACUGUCCCUGUUGAUGCCCCCUUCUCCUGAUGCCCCAGGGGGUCCUGCCCCAGUACUGGUGGAGGUGCUGUCGGGGCGCAUCCACCCUCACCCUCCUCUGUCUGUUAACCAGUGGACAAACACCAUUUAGAGUGUACAUGCAUGAAUCGAAAGGCACACGUCUGUCCUCAUUUACCAUCACCCUUCUCCACAUUUCUGAAUCCUUUUGUUUUUAUUAUCUAUGCUUGGGACAGAAAGAGGUUCCAAACAGUAGUUUUCUCCCUAGGUCUGGUUAGUCUGUGUGUGGGUUAGUGAUGCUUAUGAUGUUGCAUUCACAUGUGUGCUGCCACGGUUUAAUUGUUGGAAAACUAGGAACAAUAUCAAGAAAUGCACAUUUACAGUUAUUGCUAAUAAAUUAUUUAGCAUUCAAUUUGUAUAUUUUGCUUUCUUUUUAGCCAGAUUCAUGUUAAUUUGUUUUUAUCCUGUGUUUUGCCAUGUUAGAGAAACGUUUUGUUUGGUUUUGAAUUGUAAAUAAAGGUGGGCUGAUAUUUUCAGCAUCUGGCAUUA